GUAUAAAUACCAGCAGGCUCGGCGUACCCAACCAUCAGACGGACCUGUAGAAGAGCUGACAAGGGUCACUGAAAGAUCUGAAGAAAUCCACUCGCCCAGACAAUCACCAUCCAUCACCGAAGCCCGGAGAAUAAAUUGAAGAUAUUGUGGUGCUCUUCGGUGGCCCUGACACCCAUGAGAAAGAAGACCUAUCAACUCUAAUCUUCAAAGGAUUUAAUAACUAAACCAUUUAAACCCCCCGACCGAAAUGAAGGCAUUCAGCAUUGCAGUUGCAGUGACACUCGUGCUCGCCUUCGUUUGCAUUCUGGAGGGCUCCGCGUUCCCACUCACCGGGGUGCAAGAGCCGGAGGAGGCAGGGAGCAAUGACACUCCAGUUGCGGCACAUCAAGAGAUGUCAAUGGAAUCAUGGAUGACGCCGAGUCACAUCAGGCGAAAGCGUCACGGCCUCAUCCCCGUGUGCCACUGGUGCUGCGAGGGCAAGAAGGGCUGCCGCGUCUGCUGCAUGAAAUUACCUUAUUCUCCACUCCCCUUUCCAUCUGCAAAGAUUUAGCAUCAUUCUAAAAAAAAAUGUAUGAUUCAAGGAACAUCACUGACAAAUGACGAGCUACUCUUUUGUAUUUAUUUUCUAUGUUUUAACAUUUAACGCGUCCUGUAAGCUCAGUGAUAUGUAAAUUCACCCUCUUUUUUUUCUCUCUCUUUUUUUUUUAAGUCAGAUGUUGUUUGAAAAUGAGUGAAAAAAAUAUUUGUUUUGCUAAAAUAAAUAUCUAACAUUUUGAAGCGACUGCAAA